AUGUCAAACGAAAUCGAAUAUUUUCCUCGUGGAUCAUCAACAACAAAAAAUGAGAUUAAAUCAGAAAAACCUCGAAUUAAUCAUGUUGAUCGUGAUGACUUAUUUAUUGGAGCAUCAUCAAAACGAAAACGUUCUAAUUAUGAUUCACAAAAACUCAAACAAGAAGAAAAGAAAAAAAAGAAAAAAUCUAUUGAUGGUGAAGAUCGUCAUGAAACAUUAUAUCGACGAUUACAUAAACAAAAUCUUACCGAUGGUGUUCUUAUUUGUGGUUGUAUUGAAAAAAUUUCUCCAUAUGAAUUACGUGUUAGUCUACCACAUCAAAAUAUUGGUUAUAUACCAAUAACUAUGAUAUCUGAUGAAUAUACAGAAUUAAUUCAACAAAAAAUGUCAUCAAUGUCGACUAAUAAUGAAGAUGAUUUAGAUAAUCUAUUUCAUAUCGGUCAAUAUGUUAUUUGUCGAGUUAUUGAAAGUGAAUUAAUAAAUGAUAAUGAAAAAUUAAAUCAACAAAAACGUUUACAUCUAUCUAUAAAUCCAAAAGAUAUUUGUGAUCAAAUUACACCUGACAAUCUUAUUAAAGGAAUGAUCUUACCUGGUGUUGUAUCGAGUAUUGCUGAUCAUGGGUUUAUUAUUAAUAUUGGAUUUUCUCAAAGAAAAGGUUUUUUAUCAAAAGAUAAAUAUUUAAAUACAGAACAAUUAAAAGUUGGAUUUCAUGGUUUAUUUCAAAUAAAAGAAUCAUCAACAACGAAUUCGCGUAUUAUUCCUUUAAAGAUGAUCAACAAUAAGAAAACACGAUCAGCAUUAUCACCAACAAAAGUACCUUUUCAUAUGCUUCUACCUGGUUUCAAAUGCAAAGUGACCGUCAAUAAAACUCGUAUUAAUGGUCUUGAAGUAUCAUUUGGUGAAAUUAAAGGAUUUAUUCAUAUACAAGAUUUUGAAACAUUGAAAAAUUCAAUUGAUGCUUUUUCUCCUGAACAAGAGCUUGAAGCAACAAUUUUAUCAAUCGAUCCAACAACAAAAUUAAUUCAUUACUCAAUGCAAACACAUUUAUUAUCAUUAACUUCUCCACCAUCGAUACUUGAAAAUAAUAAUGAACCAUCAUCGUCAAUAAUUGGUUCUAUUCAAACAUGUGUUGUUAUUCAUAAUGUUGGUUCAUCACUUGCUGUUCGAAUUCCAUCAUUAAAUCAAUAUGGUAUUGUUUCAUCAAAUAAUUUAACAGAUGAAAUAUAUGAUGAUAUUCAACAAAUAUUAAAUUCAUUUAAAUCUGGUCAAAAACUUCAAUGUCGAAUCAUUGGAAUUUCAUUAUCAAGUAAUUUAGCAAUAUGUACUCUAAAAAAAAGCAUUAUCGAAGCACCUUUUAUUACUUAUUCGAAUAUUGAAAUUGGUAGUUUAGUCAAAGGUUCUAUAAAUCAUGUUGAUGAACAUGGUUUAAUUAUAAACUUAACGAAAUAUAUUAAUGGAUUUGUACCAAUUAUUCAUAAUGCUGAUAUACCAAUAAAAGAAACAUUAAAUAAAUUUGCAUUAAAGAAAAAAGUUCAAUGUCGAGUUUUACAAGUUGAUCCAUCACGUCAACGAUUAAUAUUAACAAUGAAAAAAUCUUUAAUAAAUACAAAAUUACCAAUCGUUUAUUCGUAUAAUGAUUUGCAAACAAAUCUUAUUACAAUUGGUGUUAUCAUUUCAAUUCAAGAUUAUGGUUUACUUGUUAAAUUAUUUGGAGACUUAUGUGGUUUAGUACCAAAAAAUGAAAUAGGACAAUUACAAACAUUAUCAAAUACAAAUAUUAAAAGUCAAUUACAACAAAUGUUCUAUAUUGGACAAACUGUAUCGUGUAAAGUGAUGAAUUUUGAUGAAGAACAAAAGAAAAUUACAUUAAGCUUGAAAGUACCUGGAAAAAUAACAUUUGGUAGUAAAUUGGCACAAGUACCUGCUGAUUUCUCAAUUGGAAAAGUUAUUCAAUGGACAGUAACGGAAUGUGAAAGUGAUGAAUAUUUAAUUGGUAAUGUUAUUACAGAACGUCGACGAAAACCAAUAACAGUAACAUUAACACGACAUCAUACAUCAGAUUUUGUUGAACAUCAAUCACUAUUAAUGCGUCUGGAUUUAUCAUCAAAAAAAGAUCAACAACGUGAUGGUAUCUAUUGGUCUCAUUUAUCUUAUAUAAAUAUUUCAAUGAAAAAAAUUUUAAUCGAAUUUUGUCGACGAUCAAUUCUUCCACAGAAAUUCGACGAUUGUAUUGUUGGAUCAAUUAUUCCAGGAGUUGUUCAAAAUAUUUUUGAAUAUGGCCUUUUUAUUGAUUUACCAAAUACAAUUAUUGCUUUUGCUCCACAUAAACAUCUAGAUUUACAUGGUAAUUUAGAAAGUAUAGAAAAAAAAUACCGAAUAGGUCAAACAGUAUUUGUUCGAAUCUUACAAUUGGACGAAGAAAAACAUCGUUGUAUUGUUUCACUUAAAUCAAUAAUGUAUGACGGUGAAAUCGCUGAAUUAAAUCAAUCUGAUUAUGUAUUAAAAUGUUAUCUUAAUGAAAAAUAUCAAUUAAUUGAUGAUAUGAAACAAAAUGGAACAGGUCCAUUAUCAAAAUUUUUUCAAGAAACUAAAAAAUGGAUUGGUUUUAAAUGUCGAUGUUUAAUUGAAAAACGUCUUGAUGAUUGGUUUAUUGGUCGAUUAGAAAAUGGUCUACCAGCUAGUUUACCAUAUGAUGCACAUUACUCAAUUGGAGAUUCAAUCGAAGGUUAUAUUAUAGAUUUUAAUUUAUCAGCACAACAAUUUAUAAUGACAAUUGAUCUUAAAAAACCGAUUAAACAUUCAAUAAGUUCUAUUCAAACAUUGACACAAUGUACAAUUCUUUGUCAAUUAUCAUCAUAUGCAUUAGCAAUAACUCAAGAUUCAAAUCAUCUUAUUCAUUUACCAACAUUUUCUGAUUUAAAUUCAUUCUAUUCGAUUUCAUCAACAACUUCUUAUAAACGUAAACAACAAAUUAAUAUAAGUUCAUUAAUUCCUUAUAUAUCCGAAGAAUUUAAUUAUAUAAUAAUACCAUUUCAAGAAAAAAAAUCUUCAAUUAAAAUUUAUCAACCUGAUGAAAUAGUAUCCGUAACUAUAAUUGAUGUUUUACCAAAACAAUUAAAUGUUAAAUUAAAUGAUGGUUCUCGUGGUCGUAUACAUAUAACAGAACUGUUUGAUAAUCCAUCAACAGAAAAAUUUCAAACAUUAAAUGAUCUUUAUCAUAUAAAUCAAUCAUUAAAUGCACGUAUAAUUGGUACAAGAAAUAUUGAAAAAGAUUCUAAACACCAACGACCUGUUUAUGAUUUAUCACUUCGUGAAAAAUCAUCACAACAAUAUGAAAUUGGCGAUCGAAUUAUUGGAUUUUUUGAUAAAAUUGAUGAAAAAACAAAAGGCUAUUGGUUUUAUUUAUCACUUCAUUUGCGUGGUUAUGUUCCACCAGAAUUUAUAUCAAAACAAUUAACUACAGGACAAUGUUCAUAUUUAACAAUAAUGAAUAAAAUCAUUAAUGAUAAAGGUGAACAUUAUACCUUAACAAUGUUUGAUAAUAAUCAAUCAGAAUCAAAUAUUAUUUAUGCACAAUUUAAAGAAAUAAAAUCAAUCAAUGAAUUUCAUUUUAAGAUUACGAAAGAUAAUGAAAAUUAUGAAGGUAUAUUAAUAUCAACAGAUGUUUCAGAUGUUUUUGAAGAUUUUAUUUUUUGGAAUUAUUUAAUGAAUGUGAAACCACCGUUAUUAGUUAACGGACAAUUAAAUAUAAAAAAAGAAUUAUGGAAAUUUCGAAACAAAACUAUAAGAGCAUUUAUUAAAGAAGAAAAUAAAGAAAAGAAACAAAUGAUUCUAUCAACAAGAAAAUCAAGAUUAGAUAAAAAUCAUUUGGAUCUGAUUGAUGAAGAAAUUGAAAAUAUUGAACAAAUUUCAAUAGGUGAUAUUCUUCAUGGUUAUAUUGACGUAUUAACAAAUCGUCAAAUAACAAUAUUAUUGGGUUCUGGUAAAACAGUCAUCGGACAUAUUGAAAAAGUUCUUAAUAGAACAUUAAAUGGACAUUUACGAGAAUAUUUAGAUAUUGGCAUGGUUGUAGAAGCGAUUGUUUUAAAUGUGGACAAAGAAAAAAAUAAAUGUCAAAUGAAAUUAACUGAUCAAUUUAUUGAACAAUUAGUUUCAAAACGUUCGAAACGAAAUCGUCUAUCUAGAGCAAAUAGUUUGAAUGGUUCGAUUGCCGGCGGUGAUGAUCAAGAUGAUAAUGAUCAAGAAUUAAAUAUCAAGCGAUUAAAAACAGAUGAUGAAUCUAUAAAACCUAAUGCUCUUGGUAAUGAUUUAAAAUUUGAUUGGAAUGAUGAUUUAUCAACAUUACGUCCAUCGACUGAUAAUAACGAUGUUGAACAAAUGGAUGAAUCUAGUUCUUCAUUAAGAAAAAAAAAACUUGAGUCACAUAUUUCAUCAUCAAAUGAUCAUCAACGUACACAAGAAGAAUAUGAACAACUUGUUAAAGAAGCAGCUAAUGAUUCUCAUUUAUGGAUUGAAUAUAUGCAAUAUUAUAUUGAUCAAGCUGAAAUUGAUCGUGCACGAACUAUAGCUGAACGAGCAUUAGCUAGUAUCUUCUAUCGUGAGGAACGUGAUAAAUUAAACGUAUGGAUUGCUUAUCUAUCACUUGAAAAUCGUUAUGGUACACCAGAAAAAGUCAAUGCGAUAUUAACACGAGCUUUGGGUAAUUGUGAUGGUGUCAAAGUUUAUCAACGAUUAGCUUGUGAUGUUUACGAAAAAAACGAACAAUUUGAAGACGCUAAUGCUACAUUUACUUUAUUAAUAAAAAAAUUUAAUAAAAAUAAACAAGCAUGGCUUGAAUAUAUUAUGUAUUUAUUUCGACGUCAUCAAACUGAACAAGCAAAAACAAUACUUGAUAAAUCAUUUUCAAGUUUAUCCUCAACAGAUCAUGUUGAUAUGAUUAAUAAAUUCGGUCAAUUAGAAUUUAAAUAUGGUGAUAAAGAACGUGCUAAAACUGUUUAUGAAAAAUUACUUGCUAGUUAUCCAAAACGUACUGAUCUCUGGUCGAUUUAUAUUGAUAUGUUAAUUAAAUAUGAUACAGAUCCAUUAAUUGCUGCAAGGUCAAUUUUUGAUCGAGUACUUUCAUUAAAUAUUCCACCGAAGAAAAUGAAAUUUUUAAUUAAAAAAUAUCUUCAAUUUGAAAAACAAUAUGGUACAACAGUCGAUAUCAAUCGAGCAAAAGAACGUAUCACUCAAUAUGUUAACACAAAUGAUGAUGAUAAUAAGAUUAACUCAAAUGUCGAGCAAGAUGAGUUAGAUUUUUAA